CUCGAAAAGCCAUACCAUUUGAUCAAAAUCCAUCUUGGAACAGUGUAUAGGUAUACAAUGUACUACUAGGACGGUGUCAUUACCUUUAGUUUGAAAUUCAUCUAUGCAGCUCUACACGAUAUUUAGACGAUAUUUGACGUUUUCUCAUGAAGUAAAGUUGCUGUGAGUUGUUGUCUGCAAUUUCAUCUCUUUUCCUUGGCAUUUCAACGUCAGUAAAAGUGCUUGUUCGGCCGUCAUCCACAUAUGCUCGGGGAAGGUUUACUUCCGCGAAGAUCUAACAUGUUAUCAACUUGAGGAAUCGAUUUCGUCAGAAACGUCUGGCUACCAAAAUAUCCCCAGGGCCAACGAGAUAGUUCGAAUUCACUUGAUACACUUUAUCGGGUGGGGGCACCGCAACGAUCAACAUUUUUGCCGAAAAAAUCUUAUCCGAUUAUGCCUUUUAGCUGUAUUUAAGAAGCUGAAUCACACCUGAAGUGUUGAAAGAAUUUCGAAGGCGUUUUCGGAGCAAUCUAUCAAUCUUCUUGAAGUAGAAAUAAUUAUGUAGUCCUCGAUAUUUUUCUCAAUAUUCUCGAUUUGGCGAUAACUGCGUCCAUAAAGAGUUAAGCUUCGCGUAGGAAGUACAAUUAUUUCUUUUCGCCUUGCUAAGCUAAUACAAAAACAUUAAAAGCUUAAGCCAUUCUCGCAUUGUUUAUGUUCGAUUUUAACCGCCCCAAGCUUUGAAGAUUUACCAAUCUGCUAUUCGGUGGUUUCUCAUGAGGUUGAACAAUACCGAAAUGGUUAACCAAACGAAAUCGGUUUGCCCAGCGACCAGUUGGUAAGAGGGUGCCCAGGACAAGAUAAGCGAAAAGGCGCUGAAGAAGAAUGAGAAUGCGCAAUAUUCUAAUACAGAAAAAACGUUGCCGGCGACAUCAGAUCAGUUUCACGAACAUGCUAUGGGGAUAAUAGAAUAGUAAGAGACACUAACGGGACAAAAGUUUGCAUAUGUCUGACUCGAAUUUGCAGAAAAGUUUGAUUAGUGCGGACAAAGGAGGCGGUUUCUUGUCCUUUGUUGACGCAUCAGUCUCGAAGACGUGUGUGCCGAUUGUGACAUUCUGUGAGCGGAAUUUUAACAAGUUAAGAAGAGUUAUCACGAUUUGAAUUGUCAUUCGGCCAAGUUAGCAGUUGGGAUUUAUUUACUUUGAAGGGAUAUUCGGGCCAUCUUGGCCUUUCCUUGGGAAGUGAGGCAGGAUUAGACAUGAGAUAUGUGGACAUACUUAUCUAUAUGAUCUACCUUUCUUCGCUAACGCUCGCCCAGGAGAACGAAGAUGAAAGUAUAACGUCAUCCCGGCCCGAAGAGUCGGACUUAGGCCAGGGGCUCAUUUCCUCAGCAGUUGCACUGGGCGCGAACAUAAUCUGUAACAAGAUUCCGGGCCUGGCCCCCAAGCAGAGAGUGAUUUGCCAGAGGAGCCCCGAGGCCCUGGUCUACAUCGGGCAGGGAGCGAAACUUGGAUUACGAGAAUGUGAGGACCAGUUUAAAUAUCACAGAUGGAAUUGCACAAGCCUCGGAGAGGAUACUUUCUUGGGCGAAUUGCUGCCCAAUGCGAGUCGAGAAGCAGCGUACACUUCAGCAGUGAGUUCUGCAGGAAUCACCUACUCUAUCACCCAGGCAUGCAUGCAGGGCAACCUGUCCCACUGCGGGUGUGAUAGGUCCAAGAUUCCGGGAAAAAAGUCAAAGAGUGGCGGGUUCAAGUGGGGUGGGUGCAGCGCUGAUAUCAGGCAUGGGAUACAAUUCUCGAAGAAAUUCCUCGAUGCCAUGGGGAUUCCUGGAGAUGAGAGGUCGUUGAUGAACCUACACAACCAUGGAACAGGGAGAAAGGCAGUGAAAGCGAAUAUGCUAACCAGUUGCAAAUGCUUUGGUGUAUCUGGAUCAUGUGUUAUGAAGACUUGUUGGCAGACUCUGCCGCCUUUCAAAAAAAUAGGGACCUACCUAAUGGCUAAGUAUGAUAGAGCAAAGCACGUGUAUCCAUUCCAAAGCAAAAGGCCUGACCGGGGUAUAUAUUUGAAAUUAGUACGACCAAAGAAGAAAAAGAGGAGGAAACCACGACGAAGUGAUUUAGUGUACUUGGAGAAAUCGCCGAAUUAUUGCGACUUGAACCCAACGGUUGCGUCCAUUGGGACGGUGGGGCGAAUCUGUAACCGUACGUCCCGCGAUAUGGACGGGUGCGACUUGAUGUGCUGUGGACGAGGGUACAAUACACAUCAAUACACGCGGACCUGGCAGUGUAACUGUAAAUUCAAGUGGUGUUGUGAGGUGGUGUGUAAAAAGUGUAGCAAACGAACUGAGGAAUAUACCUGCAAAUGAUCAUGACGAAGUGGACGGUAACUGAUGACAUCUUCGCAGAAGUGGUGACGUAUUGAGGCUAAAAGCAAUGACGUCCUUGUGCAUUGUAAAAAUUCAAAUCGAUAUGCUGAUUAGAAGUUGCAUUGUUGGUUGAUAUAUUUGCUGUAUUUACAUUCGGAUUCAAGGCGAUUAUGGCUAUGACAUUUAGAAAAACGUAUUUAAAACUGUGCUGUAUUAAUAUGACAUUUAUUGUUCAGUGACAGAUAGAUACAUGUAUAUUGGACACAGAAUGAAUAGGACAAACGUAGAUCGCCCAAAUUUGCAUUUCCAUUCGCCACUUUACUCAAGAAGUAACAUGGGACUUCCGGCCAGGCAUUCAGUGGCCAACCAGAAUACACAUAGCAUGCGUGUUCAGCGCAUACAGCAUGCCCGUGAUUAGACAGGGCUUGUCAUUGGCCAAAUGUUGACGAGACGUCCCAAAUUGCCUCUUGAUGAAAGAAGACGUAUGAAUUGGCGUGAUAUUUGAAGUAUGAAUAGUCAUCACAAUCUCGACAGGAACAGCCCCAGUUUCAAGGUUUGGAGGCCACAGGUAUUCGACACUGCAUAAUUUUUUUCUGGUCGACGGGCAGAAAAAUAUGUUCGUCUAGAAGUUGAAACUAAAAUAGGGGUGACCCCUGACCAGGUGGGUGCAGCUAGGUUAACGUUUAUCGCUGGCAAAUCUUGAGACAAACCUCCGCAUGACACCAGGACCAGCAGUUGGCCGUUUUCAUUUCAUGUGGGGUUAUGUCCGAUUAGUUUUCUCACGCUGUCGACUGUCUUAGAAACCAAAAUUCAUUCUGCAUAGGGAAAAUAAUGUGUUCGUGUGUUCUCUAUGCAAAUGACUGAUUUAAAUAGCUUCAUUUCUAUUUGUAAGUUUCAGUUCUUUGUUUGUUUAUAAUUUAAUGUAAAAUAUAAUUCUCCAUUGAUAUUGAUA